AAACUUGCAAUGCAAACAAGAUCAAAUCUUCAGGUAUAAAUUCAAACAACUCACAGAACACCCUUUCAUUCGCACAAAACAGCGUGAGUGAAUCCCAUUUAAGACAGUGACAUUUGGCAAAACAUCUCAGCUCCACACCAUGAUGUCCAGGCAGAAAGGAUGUUUCUUUGUCUUACUAUUUGCAGUUGUAGGUGUGUUGUACAGGUGCUGGGAUACGGAUGGCUACUAUUUCAUUCAGAGUUACAUUUUUGGAAUAUCUCUGGUGAAAAACACUUCUGGGAUAAAUGUUUCUGAUCCUCCAUUCCCAAACAUAGAACCUGGGAUUGUGUUUGUGGAGUCGACUGACAACGUAGAGCCAACACCAUUAGUGGUGUGUUCAGUGGAGUCUGCUGCUCUAAGAAACCCAGACAAACCAAUCUAUUACUUCAUGAAGGGAUUCAGUGGAAACUUGAGCCAGUAUCCACAGCCUGAGUACAAAGGAAUCCCUUUGCUCUCCUCAGUGAGGAAUGUCACCAUUCUACCCUUGAAUGUCACUGAACUGUUUGAAGACACUCCAUUGAAAGGCUGGUACCAAAAGGUAAAUCCAAAAAAGGAGAGGUAUUGGACUCACGUACUUGCUGAUGGCUGCAGGUUAGCGUUGAUCUGGAAAUAUGGAGGAAUCUACCUGGAUACUGACAUUAUAUCACUGAGGUCUAUACCGUUUGGAAACUUUACAUGUCCAGAGAGCCCAGGAACUCUCAAUAAUGCGGCACUCGGUUUCCAUUAUAAGCACCAUACCUUUUUAUGGAAUUGCAUGGAAGAUUUUGUGGCCUGUUACAAUGGAGAUAUUUGGGGUCAACAGGGUCCUCGACUGAUUACCCGUAUGCUGAAGAGAUGGUGCAACAUUAAUAAUCUAGCCACCUUCAUUGGCAAGGAGUGCAAUGGCAUCUCUAUAUGGAUCACAAAUCGUUUCUAUCCAAUCCCAUAUCCAGCAUGGGGGAGGUAUUAUGUUCACUGGGAAAAAGAGCAUAUAGAACGGGCCUUUUCAGAUUCGUAUGGUGUGCAUGUCUGGAACUUUAUGAAUAAACAGAAGAAAAACAUAGUUGUUGCUGGAAGUGGAUCAUUACUUGAACAUUUUUUCCAGUUACAUUGUCCAACUACAUACAAAAACUUAAUUCAAUCCAGCAAUAGUAGAUCCUGAUUUAAGAACUGAUAUUGCACAAUGAGUGACAUAAUUAACAGCAGAUUUUCCAAACAUGACAGAUUGUUCGAAUAGCAGUUUGCAUGCAGUGUGUGAAAAUAAUGGGUAAUUCAAAGUUCUCUACACCAUCUGGUCAAACGUACUGAUUGCAGUGAAAGUCUCAGCGACAUUGAUGAAGAUUACUUAUAUAUUGUUGAACUAUUUGAAAACCAGUGUGAGUUUCUGUAGGACAUCUGUUUAUUUUUACUAUGGAUUGUAAUUUUUGAUUAAUGUAACUUCUAAAUUUAAUUUGUAACAUUAUUGUACAAUUUAAUUGCCAUACAAGCAUUAAUCAUCUCCUACAGCCUCUGGUGGAUCUUCCAGUAACAUCUGUCUUCCUUGUUCACCUCCAUGUUUCCUCAAGGCCUAGUUGGAUCAGGGUGUCACAUUGUAUCAUACCUUGUUGAUUUAGAACAUAGAACAUUGAAAUAAAACUA